AUAACUACUUGGGGACACGGAGCACUGCGUUCGCCCUGGGUCACGCGGGAAGGAUGACUGCAAAGCCUCCAGUUGGCGCGCGGGUUCCGGGGCUGAGGGGCCCAAGGCGGUAAUCGGGAUCCGCUCCGGCCGCGCUUCCCUUGCCUUUAACAAGCCCCAGAAGUGGUUCCGCGCUUGGCCGCAGCGGGAAGUCUUCGGAAAGAAAAGACCGGAACUAAAAGAUAGACACAGCGAUGCCCUCCCCGGACUCCGCCAGCCUCACACCCCUGCCAGCCCGCCGCCUGUAGUGCGCACCGCCUCCUCGCCAAGCUCCGCCCUGCGUCCACCCCAGGGGUUAACUCGGACGAGCGGUCGUGUGGCAGAGCUAGUGUGCGCCGUCCGGGGCUAGAGCAAGCGCGCCCGCGCGGCCGGGAGCCAUGCUGAGGAGCUGCGCCGCGCGCCUCCGCACGCUCGGGGCCCUGCGCGGGCCGCCGGGAGGCCGGCGCCUGCCGGGUAGGGAGCCGUUACCCGCGCUGAGGUCAUUUUCUUCUGAGGAAGUCAUUCUUAAGGAUUAUUCUGUCCCCAACCCCAGCUGGAACAAGGACCUAAGACUGCUCUUUGACCAGUUUAUGAAGAAAUGUGAAGACGGCUCCUGGAAACGUUUGCCUUCAUAUAAACGUAUACCUGCUGAAAAGAUUCAAGACUUCAAAACCCAUUUGCUUGACCCAAAGCUUGUGAAAGAAGAACAAAUGUCACAGACCCAGCUCUUCACCAGAAGCUUUGAUGAUGGCCUGGGCUUUGAAUACGUGAUGUUCUACAGUGACGUCGAGAAAAGGAUGGUUUGCUUAUUUCAAGGAGGCCCUUACCUGGAAGGACCACCUGGAUUCGUUCAUGGAGGUGCCAUUGCAACCAUGAUUGAUAGUACUGUUGGUAUGUGUGCACUGAUGGCUGGGGGAGUCGUCAUGACUGCCAAUCUCAACAUCAAUUAUAAAAGACCUAUCCCUCUUUGCUCUGUUGUUAUGAUAAAUAGCCAACUUGAUAAAGUUGAAGGAAGGAAAUUUUUUGUUUCCUGUAAUGUUCAGAGUGUUGAUGAGCAGACCCUAUACUCAGAGGCAACAAGCAUAUUUAUAAAGCUGAAUCCUGCUAAGAGUCUGACAUAAAGAGCUGCUGUUGAACUCCAUCCCAUUCUCUCCCCUCCAGAAGAAGCAGUUGUCCCCCGAAUACUCUGCUUCCUCACUGCUGAAUCCUCGUAGGGAGAAGCCUGCCAACAGUGACCUUCCAAAACAGCC